AUGACGUUCGGGGAUCUCUACGACAACCGCAUCAAGUCUACAUUGGUUCCAUUAAAAGAGCACGUCUUCAGGAGGUGGCAUUUCCAGCGCAUUUUGAUCAUCGGAGAUGCGGCAACCAAGGUACUGCGACCCAUCCACCAUGAGCACAUGUGCUUUGUCGUGGAAACACGCGCUGACAACGUCUUCCAGGUCCAUCCGAUUGCUGCUCAAGGAGGAAAUGGUGCGAUUGAGGCGGCAGCGAAUCUCGUCAACGCCCUCACGCGGAGCGAGAUCCCAUCCUCUCCAGACCUGCAACUCGAGUUCAUCGAGAAGGCGCUUGGUGAAGUUUGCGCUAUUCGAUACGAACGAGCCUCGAGCAUGAUGAAGAAGGGUCGUCGUGAUGGCUCAUUUCUUUGCCAACAGCCUCCGUUUUCAGGAAUUCUCAUUCACUACGUUUUGCCCUGGCUCGGGGACGACCUAUUUUUCAAAGAGGUACUUAAGCAGUCUCUCGCUGGUCCACGCAUUGAGAAGCUCCCUGCCCCGGAACGACCCCAUGCAACACCGUACAAUGACGAAUUGCCUCAGAACUCUGCCGUAUCUUCUUGGUUUGGCUGGACUACCGGAACGCUCACAGUGGUGACUCUUGGUGUGGCUCUGGCCCUGGCCCAAAAUGCUGGACGGUUGGCAUGGGUGGCCAAGAGCCGCUGA